UUAAAGAGGAGUUUAAUACCAGAAUAUCAUCAACUCAACAGAUAGAGUCUAUUAAUGCAAUAGUAUAUAAAUAUGUUAAUUUGCAUUUAACAUUGAGAGAAUUUUUUAAUGGAAUACAAAAGUUGUUAGCAUCUGAACUUCAAAAGGCCAAAUAUAGAGAUUAUUUAGAAAGUUUACCUUAUAAUAUUAAUGCAGUUGAUACUAUCUCUUGUAUUGAAGAUUAUUCAGAUAGAAGACAAGUUGCUCUUAGAUCUCUUAUCAAGCGUAUUGAUCCUAAUAAUAUAAUUAGAAUUUGGGAAGUUCAAUAUAUGGGAACCAAUACU